AUGCUCAAAGCCGCUUCAAUAGGCGUCGAGAGAGUCUACUUACACAGCACGCCCAACCGGCUUUUCUCUGUCUUCCAGCCCGGAUGGGGAUUCACCAAUGGCACUGGGGUUAAUCGCCCCCAUAUAAUGCCAAUGUAUAACGGUCUACUUGUUGUGGAUGAAAUGAUCGGGAAGACCGGGAAUGCCAAAGUUGCUGAGAUCGAGAACUCGAAUGUCGCCAUGGCAUCGUAUGGUGCGUGGGAGAACAGCGAGCUGGUCAGGAUAGCACUCAUCAACUCCCAUACUUUCCGCCAGAAUGAUACGGUCAGGUCUGCUCUGAAUGUCACACUGAGCGGUGGGUUUAAGGGAGGAUGUACCACAAUCAAGCGUCUGGACAUUCCUUACACUACAGCCACCGAGGGCAUGUGA